CUUGAGUGGAACCAACACCGAGUGAAGCGGCAUUCAUCCUCAUCUUAUCCCUUUCCCGCUGCUUCCUCCUCAAGCAGCGACUCAACAUGGAAGCAGACGACGUAUGGGCCACGCCUGCGGAUGCGGAGCCCGUGGCCUCGGCAUCGACGACCGCCGCGAUAUCAUCCGCAUCGACAUCGCGCCCGGCAUCCAAGGCAUUCUACGACGAUGACUUGGGAGCAGGCUGGGCCGCUUCCUCGAGUCCGGAGCAGGACAGGACCAUCAGCAAGCCGGCGGAAGAAGCAGGGAAAGAGGAGCAGCCUGUAGUCGAGCCGACAGAGGUGAAUACUAAGGCGGGAGACGAGGAUGGCGAGGAGGAGGCCGAGGACGACGAUGAAUUCGCAGAUUUCGACGACGAUGCCGGAGGCCCGGCUGCUCCUGGCGGCGGCGGGGAUGACGACGAUUUUGGCGACUUUGGAGAUUUUGCAGACGAUGCGGUGCCAGCAGGGAUGGAAUUGCCCGAGGAGCCAGAGCAAGCGACGCCUCCUACCCCUGCUGCACCACCUACAGCUGCGGAUUGGCAACCGCUCUCCAUCCCCUCCUCCUCAUCGCCAGCAUCAGCCUCAUCCUCCCUCUCAAGGCUAGAGGACCUCACCACCCAGAUUUCCUCCCUCCUCCCGCCCACACUCACCACCGCCACCACUUCUCUACCAAACGAUCCCAUCCGCCAAACCCCCGGCCUCUCCCAAGUCCUACAGAGCGAGUCAAGCAGAGCGGUGUACACCGACCUAUCAGCGCAGCCGACGACCCUCCAGCCCGUAGACUGGCUGCGCUCUCGCACCCGUCGAGACCUGCACAUCUCCCUCGGCGUGCCCAUCAAUCUCGACGAGAUCAUGCCCGCCGAAGCGGGGGCGACCGCCUCUGGCUCGAGAUUACCUCCCCUUACUCUGCAAGUUGACUCGUUAAAGAGGGCCAAGGGGGAACAGGGUCCGAAUAGUGCGCCUGUCUCAGGUGGAGAGAGAGGCGGGAGCUCGCCUGCUACGACGAAUGGAAGCGGUGCUGGGAGUGGAGCAGGGGUGGAGAAGCGUAGCGGCUCGGUCGAUGCGAAUAGACGGCAGAGGAUCAUGGAGAAGCGCAAGGAGGAUCUCGGGCUGGGGCCUACCCCGGAGGUGGAUAUGAAGCGAAUCGAGGAGGUAUGCGCCUUACGAGAGGGUAAGAGUCUCGCCACAAUGCCUCAGGAGCGCAUCGCUUGCUACUCAUACGCUGACUCUACUAUCUACGUCUUCUUCCGCACGCGCGCAGACCAACUGUCCCUCCUGCCCCUCCCCUCUCUACGCGACCUCUCACGGGAACUGGGCUCCCUCACCUCUACCACCUCUGUCGUCCUCACUCACCACCUCACGCUACGCGAGUCACUGCAGGCGGACAGUGAGAUGUACAAUGGGCUGAUCAAGGACCUGGUGCGCGGGGCGGCAAGCUCGAUGGGUAGUGCAAAGGAGAGGAAGAGUGUGCAGGUCGGUGCGACUAGGAGGAUGGGGGGCGGCAGCGCGAGUGGGUCUAGUUCGCCUAGGCCUGCUAGUCCAUUUGGACGACCUGCCAUGGGGAGUGCGGGGUCGGCUGUUGUGAGGAAGUGAGGGGUGAGACGAGGAUGCAAUACCGAUGAUACGACGGUCGAAUCUCUUGAUGCGCGAGCGAGAUGGCGAGAGUUGUCUUGACAUCCCGUAUGCGUGUGCGUGCGAGGUGGAGCUCGACCCUC